AUGUCGCUAGCCAAACGAUUCGUGUCGAGGUGGGUUUAUUUUAUUAUUGUCUUAUGAUUUUACUGUUUUUUGACAUUAUAUUUUGGUUUUUACAUUUUGUUAUGCUUGCUUGACACUAUAUUUUGGUUUAUGAGAAAUAUAUUACACUAGAGUAUAGUUAUGUAUAGAUUUUGGUUAUGUUAAUCAUCUUUUUGUCAAGAACAAAUUAUUUUAAUGAAGUAGUAUAGGUAACAUUUCUGGUAAUCACAAUUUCAAAACAAACAUAAAUAGCACCUUUUUAUGGCAUGCUAAUGACUAUUAUAAUUUUUCUCGGUAUACUAAUGACCAUUUCCUAAUAAUUUCUGCAAUAGUACUAUUUUGCACGAGACUAUAGUACUUCCAGCUGUGUAACCCUGUAAACAUCGUUAUUUUAGUGCCUAAUAAGGCGAGAAGAUUUUUGAUGCAAAAAGUUGUUUUCCGAGGUUUUAGGAGCUUUUCACGAGUUAUAAAUAGCCACAUUAUGUUAACAUUGAGGAAGUCUAUAAAGUUAUGUGACGCAAAUCUCUGAAACGGCCUCAAAUUGGUUUUGUAGGAAAGGAAAUGGUCUUUUGGUACAAAGAUCUUUGUCAUCUAUGGUCCGAAAGUAAGAUUUGAAGGCUGGUUGGGUUAAGAAAUGGAGAAAAAGUUGAAGAAAAGGUUAAUUUGGGUAUAGAACAGGGUAAUUUAGGUACAAAAAUACGGUUUUUAGUCUUUUUUGGCUAAACUAUGGCCUGUUUUUGAACUUUUUUUUCAAAAUUUAUUGAUUCUGCAUAAUUUUUGACCGAUAUUUCUAAAAUACUUUAUGAGUUAUAAUAGAACAAGCUUGGUUUAAAAGUUGAUAGCAUUGGCGUUCUACCUUGUUUUGAGCCAUUACUGGUUCAAAACAACGUGGAAGACCUUCUUCCUUCAAAACUACGUGCAUAGCUUUUUCCGGUCUAAAACUACGUAGAAAAGCACAUGUUAUCCUAGGUGUUUGCACUAAACAGCCCGGAAAUUGUUUUAGCCGAGUGAUGGACGUGUUUUGGUUGAGUUAUUUUUGGAAAAUAUUGUUUUAAGUACGAGUAUUUGUGGCAAGACCAAAUUGUGUUAUCUCUGGUCGAAGAGUAAAUUGCGUUGUUCGUAAAGCUCGUAAAUUAUUUGAAACAACAUCAUUUAGGUUUGUCAGACGUUUUGGAAAUGGAAAAAGGGUACGAACGUUGUGAGAGAUGAGUUUGGAUUAGUGAUAAUGAAAAAAGAUUGAAAUUUUAAAAAUUUGACAAAUUUUUGAUUUUUUAAAGAAUGAAAAUAUGAUGUAACAUCAUUUAAAAUAAGAAAGGCAUAACGCUAAAGAUUUGGAUGCCUAAACUUAGAAAAACGGCCUGCAAAUGACAUUUUUGUAAAACUUUUGAGACUCUACGACAAUUUUGUUAGACUACAGUGCACUUUGUUUAUAAAAAAUAACAAAAUUUUGCACUUUUUCGUACGGGUACUGGUACACAACAGUCGGUACGUAUAAACUUUUAGCAUAAUGUUUUAAGGGACUUUUGACGUUUACUAUAGUGUUUUCAAGUACUUUUACUUUUGUUAGUACUUUUGUUACAGAAAAUAGAAAUUUAUAAUGACAAACUUAGUGUAGUAUAGCUAUACGUAUAGUGUGAUGACAUAGUAUUAGAUCUAUCGGUAUAAAAAAGCAAAAAAAAAUGGUUAAAAUAAGGUCAAAAAAUGUGUAGAAUUAGCUUUUUUUGCAAUUUUAGGCUCAUUUUUUUAUUUUUUAAACUUUUUUUUUCAAAAUUUGUAUACGUUGAUGCGAAAAUAAUGGCACGGGCCGGGCUUGAAAGUUGGGCCCGACUCUAGGCUUGAGAAGUAUGCAUGGUUUGUUUCUCACCUCUACUAUUAACAGUAUUUUUUGCCAAAUUUUUAAAGUUCAAGCUAGUUUUUGCAAGUUGAAGUCAUGCUUGUUUUGCAUUAAAUUGAGAGCAUGACAUUCGGCAUAAACAUGGCUGUAAACAUGCUCGAACUGAUGGUGUCUGAGUGUUAACAGUUGUCGGAUGUUUUGGCUUUGUUUGUGAUUUGAUUCUGCUCGCAAAACUAAUUUUAGAGUUUGGGGAAAACAAAAUUAAAUUACAGUAUGGCGGGAAAUUGUGGCGCCGGAAUUGACAUGUAUAAUAUACAUAAAAAAUGAAGGAUACAUAAUAUGCUACAUCUAUUUUUAGCAGCAUAUUGAGAAGAUAGUUGUAGUUGUAGUAAACGAGCUCUUUAAAGCCUAAUUGAGGUCAAAAAGUUUAUAGAACGGAGUUUUGUUCAAGAUUUUGGCUUAUUAAGGCUAGCUAAGCUUGUGAGUUUUUUUUUCGUCUGCUUUCUACUUACUUUUUGACCGCAAAUGUAUUCAAAAACAAAAAAAAUCAGCUUUGGUAUAUUAUAGUAAGUAUCAAGUUUAAAUUUUCGUAUACCAGCUAACCACAUGACAUAUUGCACCACAGUAGAUAUAAAAUAGACACAGUAGAGCUUUUGCAGCUCUGUAAUGAAUUAACUGUUUGAAUGGUGACAUUAAUUUGCUGCCAGUGUGAUUUGUUUACAUCUUAAGUGCAAAGUGUCACGAUCCUACUUUGCGUCGUAUCUCGUUGUGAAAGUGCUUUAAUUAUGACUAAAAAUAGAGCGAAAGUAAUUAUUAAUAUGUUUACAUUCUUCAUAGUACAAUAUAGGGUAUUACUGUAGGGGUUUUUAGUUAUUAUAGUGGUUACUGCAGGUGAUAGGGUAAGAUAUGAUGGUGCAGAUUGUUUGUUUGAUGUUAACUAGCAUGUAUUGCUAUUAUAUGUCUAUACUAUAUAUAUAUUAGGUUGUUCAACUAAUUCUGUGCCUCUUCUUAAAACAAAUUUUUAGAGUUAAGGAGCACAGAAUUAUUUAAACAGCCUAAUAUUAUUAUCGUAGUUGUAUAUAUUGACUUUAUAUGCCAUUUACACCUAUAAAAAUUUUACAUACUAUUUACACCUACAGUAAAAUAAUGCUUGGUAUUUUAGGACCGUUUUGGCCAAAGUUUAUGCAAAUGACAAGUGUGCACGUCGCCUGUACAGUCACUCGCCCGUGCUGCCGGAGAAGCCGUACGGCCCAUCGGAUGGGUCGGUGUGGUCGAAGGUGACUCGACCAAAACCUCCGGAAUAUAUCAAAGGCCUCGUCCACUACGAGCUGGCUGUAGAUCAUGACAUUCAGCAUAUCGUCGACUUUUGGUCCGACAAGAUCGGCGGGCAAUCACCACUGUUGCAGUCGAUCGGUAAGCUAUUCUUUAUAUAUCAUAGGUUCUUCAAAUAAUUCUGUACCUCUAAUUCCGAAAAUUAGCUUUAAGAGGGGCACAGAUUUAAUUGAACUUUUGUCCAGUUUUUUGAAUGUCAUAACACAGAGAUUUGACUAUACCCAUAUCAUAUUGUGAUUGAUAAUAUUCUUUUUAGGCGCCAAAGCAGAAGAGAUGUCAGAUUUGGCGGUCCAAGUUGUUACUCGCUCGGUCAAAGAACAUUGUUCACUCCUCGGCUUCGUCGGGGAUGAACUUGUAGGCUUCUCAAUGCAUUCGAUCAGAAAGAUGGAGCCGGUCAGAAGCGAGCACAUAGUGUAUCCCGAGAUUCUGCCAAGCAAGAACUAUGUUGAUGGUAGGCUUUGUAGGCAUUGUAAUAAGAAUACUUUGGGUUGUUUUAAAUUGUUAAGGCUUAUUGUAAAUAAGAUUUUUAUAGGUGGGUAUUUGAAAUUUUUGAUGCGAAAAGAAUGGCGUAUUGAGUAGAGUUAACGUAUGACCAAAAUAUGAUGAUAAGAUCAUUUUUUAGUGUUGUUAACAUGAUCUGGUUUUUAGAAAUCGAAAACGCACCUUAUCAAUCCAGGCCAGCCAAGAAGAUGUGGGUCUUUUGGCACACUUUAAGCUCGGAAAUCGAAAGGUUGCUGCCCGAGGCAAAGAAGAUCUUGUUCAUCGAAAUGGGUGGAGUUGCACCAGAAUAUCAGCAGUAAGGAGUUUUUUUUUUAUUUUUUAAUUUUUUUUAUUUAAAAAAGCCAAAAAUUAAAAAAUUUUUAAAAAAUAAAUUUUCAAAUUAAAAAAUCUGCUUUCAGAAGAGGGAUCUACUCGGACAUGGCACAGCUGACGAUCCGCUUGGCCAAAGAGAAGUUCGACUGCGACCACGUCCUCGUGGUCGCUGACUCAAAGGCCGCUCAGAAGAUGUACGAACAGAAGCUGGAGUUCAAGUUGUUGCGCGAACUGAAGCUGGACCACUUUUACGACGGCGAAACCCACGCCUUCCCCUACAUGAAGAACGAGAUCUUCAGCGGAAAACUGUUGGGCAAAGCCUUGUAA